AUGAUGUCAUCAAGUUUGUUUGUGGUGGUGUUGGGUGUGGUGGCAGCGGUGGGGGCUGACCCCAGCUACCCCCAACCCGCCCCCUGCUACCCCAAGACCCAGUACGUCACCCAGUACCAGACGCAGGUCCAGCAGGUUCCUGUGUAUACGACUGUGUACAAGACCCAGGUCGUCCCCACCACCCUCUACCAGACCCAGUACCAGACCCAGUACGUGACCAAGUACGAGACCCAGUACGUUGCCCAGUACGUCACCGAGACCGUCUACAAGACCCAAGUCCAGUACCAGACCCAGUACGUAACCAAAUACCAGACCCAGUACCAGACCCAAUACGUCACCAAGACCGAGUAUGUCCCCCAGUACAUCACUCAGACCCAAUACCAAACCCAGUACGUUACACAGACCCAGUACCAGACCGUGUACAAGACCGAAUACGUCCCCCAGUACGUCACCAAGACCCUGGUACAGUACCAGACCCAGUACCAGACCCAAGUGGUCCCAGAGUACCACACGGUCACCAAGACCCAGCAGACCUACAAGACGGUCUGCCCCAAGCCCUCCUACGGCUACAGCUACUGAAGGACCGGUCAGCCAGCAGACCUACAAGACGGUCUGCCCCAAGCCCUCCUACGGCUACAGCUACUGAAGGACCGGUCAGCCAGCAGACCGGAGGGCGCCCCCCCAAACUGUUCACCGUCAGGAGUCAACAUGAUAUCUUAUGGGCCCAGAAAACCUUACUAUUUAUAACAUCGAAUACAACACUAACCGAUAUCUCUUCUCUCUAUAUUAUAUAUGUAUAAUAUAUUGUAUAUGUAUAUAUAUGUAUAUCCAAGUCCUUAAAACGAUUAUAUACGAGUAGACUAGAAAACAAGUCUAAAUAAAAUUUGAAUUGACAA